AUGGAUGACGUUAUAGAUGCGAAUAGAAUAAACUAUGAUUACGACGACAUAGACAAUAGUAAACGACAUUCAUUCAUAGACGAUAGACGAAAUUGGAGAAAGAAAGCACUUUUAAAAUCAUUUGACCAAGAUCACAAGGACUGGGAUGAAAGGCGAAGAUAUGAAGAAAGUCCUAGAUAUCUAGAUGAUACAGACGAUAAGGCCGGAUUAAACAGAAAGGAAUAUGAUAGUUUUGGUUAUGGAAUUGGUAAACAAAUAGAGGAUACAGAUAAAGCAAGAUAUAGAAGUACUGAAAUUGGUCACUUACAAACAGACAAGGAGAUAGAGAGGAAGCCCUAUUCAAUGAAUUGUGAGAGACCUCACGAACGAUACGAGGCAUGUUUUUCUGGUUGCGCUGCUAUAACCUGUGACAACCCACGAGAAAGACUCCGGCCCUGCUAUCCGUUCUGCGAGUCCGGAUGUAUCUGUACACAACCAUAUGUACGCGAUGAUAGAACUCACAAAUGCGUCCUACCUGAGGACUGCACUAAGGGCUUGAAAGGCAUACCAGACUUGGGUGAUGAUGUGUAAAAA